AUGGAGCAAAACGACGUCGCCGGGGCGCAGCCCCGAUGGUAUGAGUACCUGUUCUUCUGGCGCCCCUAUUCGGUUAUGAAGCGCGUAAAAUAUGGAGAUUUCACGGCAGAGAAGGGUUAUGGCAACUACUCGGACAGUCGCGGCAUGAAGUUCUUUUCGUUUGGGUGGAUAACAAAGUGGGUCGGGCUGGUAGCAUACGGCAACCUGCACUAUGACAAAUAUCCCGGCCUACCGGCCAGCGACUUCGAUACGUUUGCGUCGACGGAGCUGAGCUUGUACCUAAUCGAGGGCCGCUCGAACCCACGUGGACCGCUUUUCACCAAGGUUAUGGGCAACCUGCGGUGGGGACUCUUGCGCGUUUUUAGGCAUGCCCUUGCCUAUCUGUUGUUCCUUACGGUGAUGAAAGACGCAACGGAGCUGCUGGUGAUAUGCCUGAUGAAGAUGGUGGUAGGCGGUGUCACGCUCAACAGCACGUCGGCAAUCGUCUCGUACGUCUUAACUACCGCUGCCAUCGCGUCGGCGAUAGCGCUUGAUGCAUUUGUGGAGGCCUACCAUCACUUCUACUACAGGCGUAUGUCGCUGCGGGUGGAGAUCACGCUCCAGAUGUUGCUGUACGGGAAGCUCCUGUCUCGAGAUCGCCAGCUUGCAAUGCGCCAAAACGGUAAUGUAACCCCUCACGGCAGUCCUGUUAGAAACGACAGCCAGGUAACCGGCGGUUCCUCCCGCUCCGGCGGCGAGAUGGACGCGACGGAGGAAGUGAAUAUUCUCAACCUGGCGCUCUUCGACGUCGACGAGAUAUCAAACGGAAUAGUGCGCAUGAUUGAUCUUAUUAACGUGCCAAUAAAGGUGUGCAUGCUCAGCAUCUGGUUGUACAGCGAAAUCGGGUGGAGCGCCGUACAAUCGCUUGGCAUCAUCGGGGCCAUGACGGUGCUGAUGCUUCUAUCCGAGUGCCAGUGCGCCUCUCUGCUGAAGGAAUAUGUUAAAAGAGUGGAUUUGCGGCUCUUCAAAACGCAGGUGGUCUUGGAGGAUUUGAGGAACCUGCGGCUGGUGAAGUGGGUAGGGUACGCGAUGGACUCCGUCAUGGGCAGCCGGUUGCACGAGCUGCAGUCAUGUCUGAAGCGAGCCUACCUCAGUUCCUUAAGCAGCUGGGUUGGCAUUGUGGCACCCAACGUGAUGGCGUUAUUCAUUUUUGUGAUGUCGUCAAUAAACAAUUCCCCAGUUCUGCGUGGCCUGAAUCUUGACAAGAGCCAAGCCCUUCCGCUCCUUCACGCAUUAAGUUACUUCAUCAGACCGCUAAGGAAGCUGCCGUCUGACAUAAACGACCACAUGGAAGCUUCCAUUUCAUGCCGCCGUUUCGAGGAUUUCGUGUACCGUAAGGUGCUCGAUACUCACGUGCCGACGCCGUACGACAAAUUUUCUGAACGCGUCCCGGAGAGCAAUUCUGACUGCCAGCACCCUUACAAGGUCGAUAUAUCAACGCUUCACGCCGGUGGUAGUCCAAACGCCUUCUCCAUUGCCAUGCGCAAGGUCAUGAGUCGUGUGCCGAGAUGGAUGAUGCCGAAGAGGUCAGUGGCCUCUAAACUCGGUCUCUCACGUUCCCUCACGCCUUUCAAUGUGGGAAUAGAUAAUUUCAGCUGGUCGUUCGUGCGUUCAAGGGACUCCAUCAGCCUCGACAGCGAGCUUCUGCGCGACUCCUUCAUGGGAGUCAACUACCCCCAUGUGGUCCAGUUCUCCAACGCGUUCUUCGGCUGGACAUCGGUGCCAAUCCUCUCAAACAUCAAUUUGACGUUGAGAACGAACGAGGUCACCUUUCUCGUCGGGCCUCCCGGCUCGGGAAAGACUUCCCUUUUGAGUGCCAUACUGGGUGAUCUUCAACUGCUGUCUGGCUCCGUCUGUGUGGUCCCAUGGGAAGUUAACCUCCCCAUAGGCUACGUGAGUCAGGAGCCAUGGAUCCCCCUGGGCACUGUGCGCGAAUGUAUCCUUUUCGGCCACUCGAUGGAUAACAUGUUGUACAACCGUGUCGUGAAUGCCGUGGGCCUAGACACCGAUAUCGCCAGUUGGGAUAUGGGCGAUUUACGGGUGCUGGACGAGGGUGGACAGAACCUGAGCACAGGGCAGCGCGUGCGCAUAUCGCUGGCCCGAUGUAUCUACAAUCAGAUGAUGCAUUCCAAUAACGUCCAUGCUGCGUCCUACAACCUGUAUUGUCUGGAUGAUCCGUUUGCAGUUUUGGAUCCCGCACUGGCCGUUAACAUAUUCAUUUCGUUGUUCGGGCCCUCUGGUCUGAUCGCGGGUGCCAGCGUCAUCAUCGUGAUACAGGAGGGUUUUAUCCACACGCUCCGCUCAAGCGGCGUCAACCUUUCUGCCAUGAAAUUCUUCGUAUACCAGAUCGAUGGCCCGACCUCGGAACCGCAGCUGGAGACUCUGGAUGAAUUCGAAAGUCGUCAGGUUUUGAACGAAAUGGGUGACAAUUCUGACCUGCAGAGCGCCGAUUCAUUCGACGAAUUGGCGACUAUCAGCGCCUUGAACACCAUGGAUGCGUUGGACAUCUCGGGCGCAAUUGAUGACCUGGAUGAUGGCAGCAAUGAAAUAAAACCCGACGCGGUCUCCGGUGAUGAUUCGAAGCCCCCGCCAACGCAGUUGGGCGACAACAACCAGACACGUGGAGCUCUGAAGUGGAGUAACUUUAUGUGGCUGUUCAACCACAUUGGGAUGUCUACGGUCGUAACCAUGCUUACGGUAUCCUUCAUCACCGUGUGCAUGAGCAUUUUUAGCGACCAGGUGGUUCGCUCCUGGGGUGCGAUCGUCGACACACAUCGUUGCGUUAUUCCUGGGGCCACUCCGAAUAUGAAUAUGGAUCAGAUGAUGCUAGAGACGCAGGAAUACGACGCCACCAUGCGCAUGAAGCUGAACCAUUACUAUCUCUUCGUCCUCUCGAACAGUUUGAUCGUGGUCCUCUUCAUGUGCAUCAUCUUUAUGGAGCCUCUCGGGACCUUCCAAGCGGCGCGUAGCGUCUACGAAUCGGCGCUUGGAGGCGUGCUGCGUUCGCCGCUGUCCGUGUUCAGCACCAUGCGCAUCGGGACCAUCAACAACCGCCUGUCUACCGACCAGACUUAUGUGGACUACAACUGCUUCACACGAUUUUCCAGCACCGCGUCGACUCUGAUGUACAGCACGAUAUCCAUCAUUAUGAUCUGCAUCCUCAACUGGUGGUCAGGUGCCAUGCUUCCCAUCGUCUUGUUCCUGACCUUCAUCAUCGUCAUACGUGACUACCUUCCGAUGUGCCGGGAGAACAUGCGUACUACGCUUGGUACACGUGCGGCACUAUGCACUCUCAUCAGCCAGACCGUCACUGGCGCAAGCGUUAUUCGUUCCGCUCGCCGUGAGGGGGUCGCCAUGGCACAAUUUCUGCGCUACCUGGAUGCGUACGAGCGUACCAAGUUCUUCCACGCCUGUGCCGUUGCAUGGGGUAACGUUCGCAUUCGACUGCUGGGUUUCCCUCUGAUCUUGGCGAACGUGUUGUCGCCGUUAGUCAACCUCAUGAUACAACCGCCCUUGGAGUGCGGAACUGCCAUGGACGUGCACGUCAGUACUGCGCUGAUGUACUCUUUGAAGGUAUCGAGGUCACUGAAGGCUGUGAUUGCGAUGAUGGUCGACGUGUCUAACAUUAUGUGCGCAUGUCAACGACUACAGGACAUGUCCAAACUCGGACCCGAAUAUGACCAUAAGUUUGAACAGAUGCGCCUAGCCGUUAAGUCGCGAUGUGCGCAGUCUGGUCGCAAGUGCUCCGUUUUUCAGCCGGAACGUACCUCCAACGAAGGUCCGGCCAUGUUCCAGCUCACACGCACUGGAGUGGAGCUCCGCAACGUCGUCGUGGACUACACAUUUAUCCCACCUGUGAAGGGUGCACCUGGGACAGCAGGUGCCGGCGAUGACACUCCACAGCCGGUAAUCAGCUACAAGCGGUUGUCCCUGUCAUGCCCCUUCCUCUCGUUCCCACCAGGACAGCACGUCGGCAUAGUGGGCCGCACGGGUUCCGGGAAGAGUACGCUAUUGUCGGCUUUGGCCGGUGCAGUGAAUUUGGUGCGGGGCACCAUAGAAUUGGACGGCGCGAACAUCGAAAGUCUCUCGGCCGAUGAGAGUUGCACUGCCAUCGGCAACAUACCUCACAACCCGCCGCUGCUGGUGCACUGGACUGUGCGCGAUUACGUCGACCCGAAACACGAGUGGGAAGACGUUGCUAUUUGGGAGGCUCUGUACACGUGUAGUGCAGGGGCAUUCGUGCGCAGCCUGCCGGGCCCCAACCCGCUGGACGUCGUGCUAAAGAAAUCGUGGUCUAACAAGUGCAAGGGUAACAAGGAGGAACUCGACACUUCCGGCACGCCAAGCGUCGUUAUACUCGACGUCCAUCUGCAGUACCUCAGCCUGGCGAGACUGUGGCUCUACAAACGGGAGCUACGCAUGCUGUUGGUCGACGAGGCAUCGGUAGUUGGGCCGUCAGAGGGGCAGUCGUUCCAGCCAAUUCACGAGCUGCUGCACCGUCUGUUCCGCAACUGCAACGUGUUCCUAGUUGCGCACAACGCCGACUCGCUGCAGUUAUGUGACCGAAUCUUGGUUCUGGACAGCGGCCGCGUCGUUGGUGAGUGCCAAGCGUCCGAAGUCUCCAACCAGCGUGAUCUAGCUGCGCGCUGCCGACAAUUCGCACGCGGCGCGAAUCCCCCAUCCGACGAGUAG